GGGGCGGGAGCCCGGCGGCCCCGAGCGGAAGUGCGGCUGAGCCGGUUUCCGGGGCCGCCGGUGUGACGUGUCCCGCGCUUGGCGCAGCAGGAAGCGGCGGCGAUCCCAGCCUGAGUUCCCGGCGCUGGCUCCAGCUCCCGUGCCGCUGCCGCCAUGCUCGACUUCUUCACCAUUUUCUCCAAGGGCGGGCUUGUGCUCUGGUGCUUCCAGGGCGUGAGCGACUCAUGCACCGGGCCCGUUAACGCGUUGAUUCGUUCAGUGCUGCUGCAGGAGCGAGGAGGUAACAACUCCUUCACCCAUGAGGCACUCACACUCAAGUAUAAACUGGACAACCAGUUUGAGCUGGUGUUUGUGGUUGGUUUUCAGAAGAUCCUGACACUGACGUAUGUAGACAAAUUGAUAGAUGAUGUGCACCGGCUGUUUCGGGACAAGUACCGCACAGAGAUCCAACAACAAAGUGCUUUAAGUCUAUUAAAUGGCACUUUUGAUUUCCAGAAUGACUUCCUGCAGCUCCUUCGUGAAGCAGAGGAGAGCAGUAAGAUCCGUGCUCCCACUACCAUGAAGAAAUUUGAAGAUUCUGAAAAGGCCAAGAAACCUGUGAGAUCCAUGAUUGAAACACGGGGGGAUAAACCCAAGGAAAAAGCAAAAAACAGCAAAAAAAAGGGAGCCAAGAAGGAAGGUGAGCUUGAGUUCCUUGGACAUACUGGGGUAUGAAAGGUGCUAACGGCCAGGCUCCGUGGCUCAGCCUGUUGUCCCAGCACUCUGGGAGCCUGAGGGUUCGAGAUCAGCUGGGGCACUUGGCGAGACCUCAUCUCUACAAUAAAUAAAAAAUUAGCGGGGCAUGGUAGCCCCCGCCUGUAGUUCCAGCUACUUGUAAGGCUGAGGCAGAAGGAUCACAAGAGCCCAGCAGGUCGACACCGAGGUGGCCCUUCCCCAAAUCGAAGAGAGCAAUGUGGACAGGGUAAAUCCUGGGCUUUUUCCUCAGAGCCCUCAGUGUUCUUAACCCCAUCUCAUUCCUUUUCCUAUAUCCUUCAGAUUCGAGGGACUGGGCCUGGGGGACAGCUUCAGGAUCUAGACUGCAGCAGCUCCGAUGAAGAAGGCCCCGCUCAAAACUCCACCAAACCUAGCGCUACCAAAGGGACACUGGGUGGCAUGUUUGGGAUGCUGAAGGGCCUCGUGGGUUCCAAGAGCUUGAGUCGUGAAGACAUGGAAUCUGUGCUGGACAAGAUGCGCGAUCAUCUCAUUGCUAAGAAUGUAGCUGCAGACAUUGCUGUCCAGCUCUGUGAAUCUGUUGCCAACAAAUUAGAAGGGAAGGUGAUGGGGACAUUCAGCACGGUGACUUCCACAGUAAAGCAAGCUCUACAGGAGUCCCUAGUGCAGAUUCUGCAGCCACAGCGUCGUGUAGACAUGCUCCGGGAUAUCAUGGAUGCCCAGCGUCGUCAACGUCCUUAUGUCGUCACCUUCUGUGGUGUUAAUGGAGUAGGGAAAUCUACUAAUCUUGCUAAGAUUUCCUUCUGGCUGUUAGAGAACGGCUUCAGUGUCCUCAUUGCUGCCUGUGAUACAUUUCGUGCCGGGGCUGUGGAGCAGCUGCGCACACACACCCGGCGUUUGAGUGCCCUACACCCCCCAGAGAAGCAUGGUGGCCGCACUAUGGUGCAGCUGUUUGAAAAGGGCUAUGGCAAGGAUGCUGCUGGCAUUGCCAUGGAAGCCAUUGCCUUUGCACGUAACCAAGGCUUCGAUGUGGUGCUGGUGGAUACAGCAGGCCGCAUGCAAGACAAUGCCCCCCUGAUGACUGCCCUGGCCAAACUAAUUACUGUCAAUACACCUGACUUGGUGCUGUUUGUGGGAGAGGCCUUAGUAGGCAAUGAAGCCGUGGACCAGCUGGUCAAGUUCAACAGAGCCUUGGCUGACCAUUCUCUGGCUCAAACACCUCGGCUCAUUGAUGGCAUUGUUCUUACCAAAUUUGAUACCAUUGAUGACAAGGUGGGAGCUGCUAUUUCUAUGACAUACAUCACAAGCAAACCCAUCGUCUUUGUGGGCACUGGCCAGACCUACUGUGACCUACGCAGUCUCAAUGCCAAGGCUGUGGUGGCUGCCCUCAUGAAGGCUUAAUGUGGCUCUUGCCUAAUACCAAAUCGCCGCUUUCUCCACACGCCCCAUUCCUGUAUCAAGAAUGUGCUUUAAGAGUAUGUGAGCAACUUGUCUUCAGUGUAGUACAAAGGCAGUGAGGGGAAACUCCAGGGGCUUGCAGCUCCUAACUUCACUCCCUGCUCAGCCCAGCCUCCAUCUGUACGGAAGGCCUAAUCAUGUUACAAUCACUGCCCAUUGACACUCUCCCCCCACGGGCCUCCCUGUUCCUACUCAGGCAUCUCCUUCACUCUGCCUACAGACUCAGUCUCUUCACAGCUUUGACCAAUGGUUGGAAGAUCCAGCACUAGAGCCUGGCUAAUUAGUGUGGCCAUAGGGCCAUCUGAACCUAAUGAGCAGUUUGAAGUUCCAGCUCUGUUAGGUUGAGAGACUCUUCCAGAGCCAGAUAUGGAUCUUGAAUGGCACCUCUCCCUAGGAUACACAGCCAGCAGGUCCCUGGGGCCAGGAUGACACCCACCUCACUGUGGCAGUAUAUGGCCGUUAAUUGCUGCUAAUUCUAAUUCUGAUGAUGACCCCUUCCCAUUGCUUCCCCCAAGCAUCAACUAGGCCAGAGUGAUUUGUUACAAGAGAGCAAAAGAUGAGUCCCUGCUUCCCUCAGAAAUUAAGGGGGCUGAGCUGCAGUGUUGUAUCAGGCUUCUCAGCCUUCCAACUCUUGCCACUCCCAGAAUCCAGAUGUAAGCUUUGCAUGUUCCCCUUCCUGGGAGGAAACUGAUUGUCAGAAGGGUAUAUGUUGCCCCUCUCCCCCACCUCAUCCUUCACUUAUUGAGCGGUCCUGGCCUUUCCUCAUCCCUCUCCUCUACAGUGCCUGGCAGACAAGUGCUACGUUGAAUACAAACCUCUUGUUAAGACUUGUCCUGUAGCUUGGUAAUAAGAUGUGCUAUUAGUGCAAUAAGGUGAAGGCUGUCUGCCCAGAGAAAUACAUAAUUUAUAUAAGAAAAUAAAUUUCAUAAAUAAA